CAGAACUUUUAGGGAACGUGCACUAAGGCUCGCUAAAUGUGGCUUGUAUUUCGGCCUUUUUCCUUUCAUUGCCUUCCGCCAUGGGCCUUUCGGGUUUAUUCUGGUUUGGCAGUCAAAGGACUUUGGGGAAGGCGUUAUUCGAAGAUUUGGAAAUCAAUGACCUGUGGAGACCUCCAGGACUCCUAGAGAGGACCCGGAAACGCCCUGGGGGUGGGGGGUGGCAGAAGCCAAUGACGUAUUAUCGGUUCCUGUCUAUGAGAGUCUGGCAUUCCUCAAGCCCUGACCUCUUAUUCUCCCUCUUCCUGGCGAUGUUUACUUUAGAGUUCUCGCUGAGGAGAUGCCUUACUGUGAAAAUUAAGCUAAGUCUUUGGGACAUGGUUUAAAAAAAUCUAGCAAGUGAAAUAUGCAAUAAAAAACUGAAAUCAAGAGAAGAAACUUAUACCAUUUCCAUGAUGGUGGUGACCAUUUUCACAGAUCCUAAGAGAAAACAGAAAAUAACUGGUUAUCUUUAUCCAUCUUUGAUUACAAGGAAAAUGGAAAAACUCAGGAGAGCAAGACUAAAACUACAAUUUUGUUGAAACUUUUAAGGGACAUAAUUCCUUAUAAAAGGCCAGAUAUUAUUGAAUCAUUUCAUUCAGAAGAUCUAUAGCAUGAAAUUUCUACGGUAGGAUCCAUGAACAUCAACGAAAUAUCUAGAAAUAACUAUACUUAUGUUUCUGGAAAUAGUAAAGAAAUUAGAAUGGAAAGAAAUCACAAGGUAGCUAUCCCAGUUAGUGGAGAGGAAGUGGAAUAUAGCACAAGCAAAGCAUUCAUAGGACCUAUUUACAAAAGUCCUGAGGAAAAUGAACGAGAUGAAAGAAAAUGUCACACAGAAAAAGUCACUGGUGGACUAGAAAACAAACAGAACCCUUCUAAUAAACUGGAUAUAGACAAUGAGUUAUCUCAGUUUUACAAAGAAAUUCAGGAACUUGAGAGUGAAAAAGAAGAUUUGGAAGGUAAUUGUCAGGAAUUUAAACCUCAGGAACAAUUUAGUUUAUGUUAUCAAGGUCAUUCCAAUGACAAUUUAAAAUCUGAUGAAGAAAAGGAAGAUGCUUGGUUUAGUACUAUACAUUCACUCCCAGGUGAUGAGCAAUAUUUUAGUAAUGAGCCAGUUGGUUGGAACACUGAAUAUGCAGUUAAUGGACAAAUGGAACCUGUGUUUUUUAACAACCCAAUUCCUACUUUUAGGCCCGAAUGGCAACCAGUGGAAUCCUCUUUAGUUCCUCAUGGCCUUUUUCCUUCUGGGUUCAAUUAUCAUUUAAAUGUUCAAAGAUUUAAUCCCUCUCCAUCUCCACCACCAAAUGUUUUCCAUAGUCAAGAUGUUAAAUUAUGUGAAAUGUACAAUGGAUAUAAUAUAACCAGUGUUAACACAAAUUGGAAUUGUCCAACAUUUGAUCAGACUAGCAGAUAUUCUGAUUGUGAUGGGAGAAACAGUAGCAUACAGCCCUUUAGAAACGGCCGCAAUGAACAAGAUGGACAAGAAAGUAAUGGUUUUUGUGAAACAAGAGAAGAAUCUUGGGAAGACCCUUCUUUAUUCCAGAUGGAGAAAACAGACAGGCUUAUGAACCAGCAAUUCCAAGAAGAAAAGCUAAAGAGGCUACUUAUUCUUUUAAGAGGUCUGCCUGGCUCAGGGAAAACAACACUGUCUCGUGUUCUGCUCGGUCAGAAUCGUGGUGGCAUCGUCUUCAGCACUGAUGAUUAUUUUCGGCAUCGAAAUGGGUACUCAUAUAAUGUUAGACAACUUGGUGAUGCCCAUGAUUGGAACCAAAGCAGAGCAAAGAAAGCUAUUGAUCAGGGAAGAUCUCCAGUUAUAAUAGAUAACACUAAUACCCAAGCUUGGGAAAUGAAACCUUAUGUGGAAAUGGCUAUAGGCAAAGGAUACCGAGUAGAGUUUCACGAACCUGAAACAUGGUGGAAAUUUGAUCCUGAGGAAUUAGAAAAGAGGAAUAAACAUGGGGUAUCUCGUGAAAAGAUUGCACAGAUGUUGGAUCAUUACGAAUAUAAAAUGUCCAUCUCUAUUGUAAUGAAUUCAGUGGAACCUCCACAUAGAAGGUCUGAGAGACUUCGAAGACAGAGAGAAGAAAAAUUGAAGAAACCUAGCAGAGCAAGUCAGAGGAGAAAUAGAAGAAGAAAUAGGAAACUGAAGAAUAGUAAUGCUAAAUCUAUGGAGAAAGAAUCAUAUGGAACCCUAAGUUAUCCUGUGCCAGAGGAUGAAGGCACAUCUGAAAGUGAAGAGCAUUACUCAGAAGAAGAGAAUGAUGGAAAUUUAGUCUCCAUGUCCAUUGGAGAUUUGGGAUGUACAUCAGCAGACUCUGUAAAUAGACAUAGUAAGGAAGGUAGUAAAAGCAUAAAAUUUGAACUUGGAAAAGAAAAUAUUUCUAAUGCUCAAACUGUCACAUCUGUAACUUGGGAAAAUCCACCAAGGUGUGACUCAACUGCAGAAAGUAACAACUUGUAUCAAUUAAGUUUGACAUCCAUUCCUCAUGAAAAUGCACUUGGAUACAUAUAUAAUCAUCAGACAACAGUUCAAAACUUUGUAGAAAAACAGAAUAAUCCCUAUGUACCAGGUAUCAGUUGCUCAGAAAUGAAGGCUGAUAAUCAUGUUGAACCAAGUUAUUCUGUGGUGUGCGGCAUGAAGGAUAGAAUUGUGUCUGCUAAGGCCACUUGUGUUCUCACAGAAGAGGAUAGCAUGUCAGCUGAAAGCCUCAGUGAUAAAGAAAUGCUGCCUAAUCAGUGCAGAUUUAACUCUUCAUAUGAAAAUUUAAAAUAUGGGCACAGAGCAAAUAGGAAUCAAACAAAUUGUUGGGCUUUUUUCUCAGCUACAUUAUCUGAUGAAAAACUGGAGUGGGAUUUGGACACACAGCCUUCUUUUACUGGUUGGCCUGAGGGGCCUCAUAACUUUAUAAACCCACAGAGACAAAAGAAAUCUAGGUGUUCCAGACAGACUUGUCCAGAUAGCCCUAGAGAACUGAUGAGACUUGUCUACAGAGAUAAAGGUACAGACCCAGGAAACCAUCUGCAAGCACUGAUGGAGGAGAAUGCUGAUGCAUUAAGAAAUGAAGAGCUGGCAUCUUCUCCAAAUAAACUUACAGACCUAAUUCCAUUCAUGGAGACAGAAACUAAUAUCCUUAGAAGCAACUUGCCUGAAAUAUGUGUCCAAAGGAAAACAUCAGCCAUAAUUACUAAGAAGGGAAGACCCAGAAGGAUUUUUAAUUUGGCUCCAAACUUUCACCUGCCAAGACAAGCUGUGGUUAGUGUAGAAGAGAAGAGGGAUGCUCUGAUAGCAGGUAGUCAAAUAUUUAAAAACAUUUUGGUUGUAGAAAAUGACAGAAGUCCAGAAGUGAAUCAUGAAGAGAAGAAUAAGCCAGAAGGGAUGACAGUCCAAUGUAAUCUAUCACUAGGUUAUCCCAUAGAUCUUCCAUCCAACCCUGGAGGAGAAUUGCAGUCUCAUGAUGUAUCAUUUAGUCAAUUGAAACAGACUUUGUGUCUCCCUGAAAGGGCUGUUCUGAAGUUUUUGUUUACAAGUGAGAAAAGAAUUGUGAUGUUUAAAUCACAAACAGUGGGAAAUAGGCUGAAUGAGGUAGAACUAAUUUCUUCAGAAAUUUCAAAUCAUAAGCCCAAAAUUUUAUUACCUGCUAAAAUUUCUUCGGAGCAUCCAAGUUUUGGCUUUGAUGUUUUUUCUGGAAGUUUUGGUGCCAAAGUUCACAAAGGAAAUGAGUCCAAGUCAUCACAAUGUGUACAAGCUGAAUGUAGUCGAGAUUCACUAAGGGUCAUGCCUAAUUCCUUUGGUCUUCCCUUAUCUCAGAGAUUUGCUUUCCAACUUGUAAAUCUGUUUGGAUCUCCUGGAGUGCCAAUAGAAUCUUUGUUGCUUGAUGACUAUGUAGUUAGCCUAGACUGGAAAACAUUAAAGAUGAUCUAUUUGCAGUGGAAGACAUCAGUAGAGGAACGACAGAAGAAGAUUAGAAAGAAAAAUGAAAAUUCCUUCAUUGUUGAUGUGACUAGCCUUCAUGAUAAUAAGAAACCUGAUCAUCAAGAAAGUCAAGGAUAUUUUAAAACACUUUCAGAAACAAACUUUUCUAAAGCUGAUGAAAUAAAGGAUAAUUUCCAAGCCAAUACAACACUUAUUUUGGAUACCAUACCCAAUCAUUCUUGAAGAAUUAUUUGAAUAAAAUGCCACAUCAAAGAGAAAGCUUCAUUAGACACUUCUUCAGAGCUGAGACCAUUUCUGGAUUUUCUGUUCCUCAUUUUCAUUUGGCUAAAGUUAAUCUAACUGAAGACUGUAUUCUUCAUUAGUAAUGCUUUAUAAAUGGCUUUGCUCAUUUCCUUCCAUUUGAAAAAGAAAAAAAAAAAAAAAGCCACAGGAUUGGUUCUAGCUUAAAUAGGAAGCAGGUUAUUUGAGGAACUACCCGAUUUCUGAUAGACUGCAAGCUUAAUAAUAACCAGCAGUGCAAAAUUACAAUCUAAAAAAAACAAAAUUGAUCUUAGAUUUCAUUAACAGUGGCAGUCCCCUUGGCCAAACAUAUCUAGAAUGCUGUAUUCAGUUCUGGGUCCAUAUUUUAUGAAGGACAUUAAUAAGAAUCUGGAAAGCAUAAGCAAAAUUGUGACCAGGAUGGUCAGGGACUUCAAGAUCAUGCCACCUUUUUUUUUUUCUCUCUCUGGAUUUUGAUCUUUAUUCCAGCUAGUAGAGCUAUUUUUGGCAGCAGCAUGAUUCAUCUGACAUAUUAGCCAUCUUCCUCCAAUUCAGUGUUUGCUGCAGAUUUCAUAAGCAUGCAGCCUUUGUCUUCAUAUUAGUCACUAAAAAAUGUUAAGUUAAAAUAGGGCUGUGAACUGAGCCUUGACAUUGAUUGCUCUUUUGGUCCUCUCAUUAAAGCAGUUAUGAAUCCAUCCAAUCCAUCCGAUUACAUGAUAAUCCUGCACACAUCUUUCCAUUUCUUAACAAAAAUAUGUGGACUUUUAUCAAAUGCUUCACUACAAAUAAGUUAAUCUAUGUAUAUGCUAUUCUUUGAUCUUUCUGGUAACUCAAUUUUUGGAAGAAAUGAAGUGAUAGAUGCCCUAUUCAAACAAUGUUUAGAGCAUUCAAUUCAAGUGCUAUAUUUUAGAAAGAAUAUUUACAUGGAGAUAGCAUGGCAUAGUGGACAAAUACCUGAUCUUAAAAACAGAAAGACCUGGAUUCAAGGUUUCAGUUCGAAUACAUAUUGACUUUGUGACCCUGGGAAAAUUACUUAAUGUCUCAGAAAUCUGGACAACUCUCCAAAAUUAUAAAUUACAGAAAUGGUGAUAACCUAACUAAUAGAGGAAAUUCCCUUUAUAUCAAAACUGAAAAUUCUCUGUGCUAAUGAAGUUAUAGGCCCAGUCCCUAGGUUUUAACAAGUCAGGUCAUGUCCAUUGAGGACAAGGUAGAGUUGAUCAGAACUAAAAUGGAAUUAGACAUCAUAUCGGGGUGGAUGUCUGGAAACUGUCUUAAAAUAAUUUGUUGUUUUUGGCCUUAGUUGGCAGAAGUAGAAUAAUAGGCUGUAAGACACAGGGAAGUAGAUUAAAGAGAUAUUUUCCUUCACCAACAGACAUUCAACAAAGUUUAGAUGACUCCUUUUUGGAAAUGUUACAGAGAGAAUUAUAUUACAGAGAGAACUAGAUGGCUUUAAUGUCCCUUCUAACUCUAAAAUUCUAUAACAUUGAAUGAAUCUGGCAUUUUUUUUUUUAGUGAACCCAUUCAUCAUGCUUAAUGAUUAGCAUGUCUAUUUCCAAAUGUUCACAAAUUUGUUUAAUAAUCUGUUCAGGAAUUUUGAUGGAAUUGGGCAUUAAAUUCUAGAUCUAUAAUUUGAAGAACCUAUUCGUCUCCAUUCUUGGAAAUCAGGAUCAUAUUUGUCCAUUUCUAGCCCUAGAGUACCUAAUUUUUCAAAGCUCACUGACAGCAGUUCAGCAAUCUUAUCUAAAAAAUUUUUAAGAAAUCAGUAUCAGUUUCUUUGAUCUUUAAAACAAUGGCAUAGGAUUAGAUGAUUCCCUAAGGUCCUUCAGCCCUCAAUUCUAUGUAUCAGGUAUCAGAUUUAGCCUCACUCCACCAUUUUCUAGUCACAUGAUUUUAAGAUAGGUCACCUCUCUGGAUCCCAAUUUUCUUAUCUGUAUGUGCCCUGCCUGCUUCAUCAACAAUGAAGAUUCAAAUGAUUAUCAAUCAAAUGAGAUUAUAAAUGUGAAAAUACUUUUUCUAUUAUUAUUAACAUCUAUAAGUGUUUUACAAAAAUAAUUCAGUCUAUAAACAUUUGUUAAAUUCCUGCUGUGUGUCAGGCACUGUGCUAAGCUCUGUGGAUGCAAAUACAAAGAAAAAGAAACAGUCCUUGCCCUCAAAGAACUUACAAUAUAAUAAGGGAAGACAAAUCCCUACUCUUAAGAAGCUAAUUGGAAAAGGCACAAAAAGAAGCUGAAAAGGAGAGAUAGAGGGAGGAAGGAAGGGAAAUGGAGAAAGGAAGAUACUCAGGGUAUAAUGAAGUCCUGAAAAUGUAGCUGAUAGAAAAUAGGAAGAAGAAUGUGCUGAGCCCCUUCCUUAAAGAGAAGCCCUGGAGUCCACGAUUCUGCCCUCUAGUCAGAGGUUCCAAUCAGAGGAGCACAGGGUCCUAAUGAAAUGUAUCAGGCAGAUUGCAAUUUUACAGGAUAAUGAAAUUAUCCAAUGAUGAGAUCAUAUUAUAUAUAUGUAUGUAUCUCCAAGUGUUGUACAAAUAUAAAGUAUUGUCCAGUAGUGCUAAAAAAAAAAAAAAAAAAAAAAAAAAAAAGAAUCCCCUCCCUAAAAUAUCUUCCAUAAUUCUUGAAAUCCUCACAUUGGGCUGGGCAUGGGGGAAACUAAGGCUGGACGAUCUUUUGAUUUCCAGAAUUCUGAGAUACUGCAGGUCUAAAGCUCAAAGGGUGUUCACAUUAAGUCUGGCAAAAAUAUGGGGAACCCUUGGAUCUGCCAAAGUCAAAAAAAGAAGAGGUAAAAAUUUCUUGUGUUAAUUAGCAGUGGGAUUUGACUCAUGGGUAGCCAUUGCCCUUUUAACCCAGGUGAGAUGGGGAGACCUAGUUUCAAAAAAAACACAAAAACUACCUCUACUGAUUUAAGUUCUUAAAGUCUAUUAGAAUGCAAAUAUAUCCUCUUUAGGGUACUGUAGUUUUGCCCCACAUAUCUCAGCAGUUGGCAUUUCUAUGUCUAUAACAUUUUUAGAUCUCAGGGCUCUUUUCAUACAAGCAUCAUCUUUAUUCAGGUCCUUAUUAUUUCCUGCAAAAACUAUUACAUUGGCUUUUAGAUUAUUCUCCCUACCCUAAUGUAUAGUAUACAUGAUUCCCAAAGUGAUUUCCUUAAGCACAGACUUGUCUAUGUCCUUUUUCCCCUCAGGAAACUUCAGUGACUCCCUAUUGCCUCUAGGAUAAAAUAAAAAUUAUAUUUGACUCUUAAAGCGCUACAUAAUCUAGUGAACCUAUAUUUCCAGUCUCACUCUUCCCAUACUCCCAAAAUGGAUUUCUUUCUCCAGUUAUUCACACAUGGCACACCUUCUCCUGACUUAGUGACUUUGCUCAGACCAUCCUAUGUGCCUGGAAUAUAUUUGCUCCUUCUCCAGGGGCUUCCUUCCUAAUGAUUUCAUAUUGUAUGUGUGUUGUAUGUGUGUAUUUGUAGUCCACCUCUGAGAAACUAUAAAAUUCUCCAAAGUGGAGAUUAUUUUGUUCUUUGUAUUUGUAUUCCAAGUGCCUGGCAUAUAAUAAGUGCCCAAUAAAUGUUUGGUGACUGAUUGGACAAUUUGUUGUGUGGAAAAUACUUUGGAAAUGUUAAUAUAUUAAAUAAAAGUAAUUAGGGUUAUUCUAUUUACCCCAGGAGUAAGCUAGAAUAAAUGAUUUGAACUCUCUCAGAAGAGCUAUGUCUGACAGACACACACACAUACAUACACACAGACAUCUAUAUAUAUACAUAUAUCAUCUAUGUAUGUAGGGGUGUGUAUGUGUAUGUGUAGGUGUAUGUAUAGAAAAAGAGAUAGAAAUAAUUCAAUAGUCCCAGUGUGGGACAGGUGCAGGAUCUCCUUUCUCAAAUUAACCUUCAGGUACAAAGAGAAAGCAUUUAUUUAAUCCCUGCAGGGAAAGGCCCAAACACACCUGGAAGCCAUCCCAACUCCCAACAUGUACUCCCGAAACUGACUAACAGGAAGCAAAACACUGGGUUAAAUGGGAAAAAACCGGAGCCUUUUCACUGGAUAGACUAAAAGGAUGUAACCAUCCUUGACCAAUGGUCACCAAUGUUGUCUACUUUAUGUGGUUCAUAUUACUUCCUGUAACUUCACUAACUUCCUGCAUCCCAAGAUUCAAGACUGGGAAUAGGGAUCAUGUGAUUUCCUUAAACCAGAGCCCAAAACCCCAUCCUCCCACUGUGGAUAUAGGGAUCAUGUGACCCAGGCCCAGUCUCAAUACUGAGAAAACUUCAUCCCAUCAGUCCCAUUCAUUACUAUAUUCCAAUCAUUUAACCAACGUUCAUAUAUAAGGCCCCGGAGCUGCGAGCUACAGAUUAAAAAUUCACUUCCUUAAUUAUAGGAAGUUAAUGAGAGUCCCUCCACCCUUGUUUUUCAUUGUCAUGGUGACCAAGUCCAGGGUGACAGAGGUGACAACAACACGAAAAGUUCCCCAAAAUAUUUUGGUAUCUCAGGACCAAUCUCUUGUCCAGCAGGUGACUAUUUUAUCACCACUUACAUUACUGACUAUGAUACUUGUACCAUUUUUUCCUGCUCAACCUAAGGAGAACCGUGUCUAUCUUGUGUGGAGAUAUUUCUUGCUUCACCCAACUUAUGACCCAGCUGAUAUAAUAUUUUGCUUAUUUUAACUUAUGCAUCACAUGUCAAUAAAUGGUAUUAUUCUGUAUUGGUAUAGCUGUUCUUGAGUGACUGGGCAUCUAGCCCUAUAAAAACAGGUUCUGGAAGGAGAAGGGAUCUCAGGUUAUGAAGAAGAUCUGAGGUCCACUUCAUUGGAGGGAACCAUGGACCCGUUAUUAAAGUGCCAUUGGCUCAAGCA